AUUUAAAAAAUGGCAUGGAAUUGCAAAGAUAAAAUUGCAUAAAGAAGAUGCUUCAGCAGACGUUGAUGCUGCAACUGCAGCUAUUCUAAAAUUAAACAGAUUACUAGAACAAUAUCAUCUACAAGACAUAUAUAAUAUGGAUGAGACCACAUUAUUUUAUCAACUUGAACCAGAUACAACAUUAGCAACAAUGUGUCUAAGUAGAAGAAAAAAAAAUAAGGAAAGAUUAACUAUUGUACUAUAUGCAAAUGCUAGUGGAACUGAUAGGUUUGAAACAUUAGUAAUUGGAAAAUAUAAAAAUCCUCAAUACUUCAAAAAUGUAAACAGAAGAAGUUUUGGAAUAAAGUAUGAAGCCAACAUUAAAGCAUGGAUGACUGUAUGUAUAUUUCAAUGGUGGCUAAAACCAUUUGACUGGAGAAUGGAAGGACACAAAGUUAUUCUUUUACUAGAUAGUUCAAAAACUCAUAGUACUGCAG